UACUUUAAGUGACAUGACAAAUAUUAAAACGCACUUCCAUUUUUAACACAUUCAUCCACUCAUUUUUCUUCAUCUAUUUUCUUUUUUAUACAUUCUCACAACAAGCACUUUUAAAAGCGUCUUUUUAACAUUUAAUUUUUUUUAUACAGUCAGGUGAGUUUUUGAGAUCAACAAAAUUAUCAGGUCGAUAUAUAACAGUAUAUAAUAUAAUCAGAAACAUUUAAAAAAUUAGAGUGCAAAAAUUAAGAUCGAUGGAUCGCGUAUCGAAAUUAGCAUCGCAAAAAGCGGUGGUGAUAUUCAGCAAGAGUUCAUGUGGGAUGAGCCAUGCAAUAAAGAGGCUAUUUUAUGAGCAAGGGGUUGGACCAGCAAUAUAUGAGCUAGAUGAAGAUAAAAGAGGAAAGGAAAUGGAGUGGGCUCUAAUGAGAUUAGGAUGUAACCCUAGUGUUCCAGCAGUGUUCAUUGGUGGCAAGUUUGUGGGUUCAGCCAAUAUAAUCAUGACCCUUCAUCUCAAUGGCUCACUCAAGAAAAUGCUUAGAGAUGCUGGUGCUCUUUGGCUUUAGAAAAAUAUGUAAUGGAACCUUACAUUCUAGUGCUAAUGCAAACUGCCAAAAAUUGCCUUUUUUUUGUUAUUAUUUUUUUGGUGAAGGAAUCUACAUUGUAUUAGAAUAAUGUUUGUUAACUUCAAUAUAAUUUUGAGUUACAUAAGUAACUAUUUGGUA